UGCUACGGUCACAUGACAGCUGGGAGAAUUAUCAUAGCUGACAGAGGAGUGGGGGUAUAGGUGACGUGGAGCAAGACAGAUAUGUUGAAUUUAGCGGUCAUCGGCAUCUUAUCAAAAGAAAUUAACCGGCCCAUGUCACUUACAGCUAGAAAAGCUUUACAAGUCAGGGAAUCUUAGAUAUUUUGAGAUCGUAGCUAGAAUAGCUACAACGGCUGAGUUACUGUGUAGCUAGAUCGCCUGUUUUCUCGCUGUCUACCUGGGCAGCCUAGUGCUGACUACCUCAUUGCGGAUACAGAGGGGUUUUUCCCGCAAUAAGGUUAGCGAGUGAAUAAAUUACUCUUAAGCAGCAACCACACGGAGACAAGUGCCAGCGUAAGGAAAACGUUUGUCCGGUCUGGCCAUGGCGUCUCCAGACGACCUGAAGUUCCAAGAGUUUGAGGAGGCGAAAGACUUGCUGUCUGCUGACCGUGGAGCCACAACAGUCAGUGUCUCCAGCCCCAGCAUAGCGCCUGCUACGGGGGAGGUCAAACUCGACCUGUCCGAGGAUGAGGAAGACCAGGAGGAAAAUUCAGAGCUGUUGGGAAGAGAGAAACAGCCAGGGGGCUUCUGGACAUUUGAAUACUACCAGUCAUUCUUCAAUGUGGACACAAUGCAGGUGCUGGACAGGAUCAAAGGCUCUAUGAUGCCUCUGCCAGGCCGAAACUUUGUCAAACUCCACAUCCGCAACAACCCUGACUUGUACGGGCCCUUCUGGAUCUGUGCCACCCUGGUGUUCUCAGUGGCCAUCAGUGGGAACCUCUCCACGUUUCUGAGUCAGAUGGGAGACCCCAAGUACCACUACAGACCUCAGUUCCACAGGGUAACGAUAGCAGCGGUGGUGGUGUUCCUGUAUGCAUGGCUAGUGCCCCUGGGCUUGUGGGGCUUCCUGACGUGGCGGAAGGGAGCGGAAAGGCAGACCCGCGGCUACACCUUCCUGGAGACGGUGUGCGUAUACGGCUACUCGCUGUUCAUCUACAUCCCCACUUCGGUGCUGUGGAUCAUUCCCUUCCAGUGGCUCCAGUGGCUCCUGAUUCUGGUCGCCAUGGUGAUCUCCGGCUCCUUGCUGAUUGUGACGUUCUGGCCGGCCGUCCGAGACGACACCAAGGUGACAGCGUUUGCCACCGUGAUCACCAUCGUCCUGCUGCACGCACUGCUCGCCAUCGGAUGUAAGAUGUACUUCUUCCAGACCGUACAAGCGUCUGCACCACACCCCCCGUCCCCUGCUCCCACCAACCACACGGCCGUGCUGACCAGUGCUGCCAAGACCCACUGACCGAGACUGAUCGAGGGAGGGAUCCAGGGGAGGAGUGGGGGUGGUGGUGGUGGUGGUGAUGGGGCUUGGGGGCUUCACAUCAGAGAGGAUGAUUACGUUGCUAAUUCUGCACAUGUAUAUUGCAAUAAAUCAAGAUUUAUAUUCUGGUAACAGUGAAGGAGCACGUGGGCAGUGGAAUGUUUGUAUAUUUGGGACUGAAGCAGCAACUUAAGGGACGCAGAAUGCUCCUCAAAUCUAUUCCUCUUUCAGACCUGGAGAAUAUUGAAUUUCAGUAACUUUUCUCGCCUAAUGUUUACACAAAGCCUGUUAAAAGUAUGACCUAUUAAAUGUGAAAAUAAUUGUCAUUAUUUAUUUACUCCAGAUAGUUAUUUUCCUCCCCUUUGUUUUGUGUGUAGGUUGCUUCCCACCUUUGAAAACCCUUGUUUUGUUUCUGGACUGUCAUGAGUCUCGGCUAGGUUUCGUAUCCGUAAGGAUGGAGUCCACAAACCUUUCAGUUAGGAGGAAUCCAGAUGCUCCCCAGUGUGAAGCCACAAAACUUCCACAAGCCGCCACGUCUCCAUCAAACUCUCACAACCCUCGGCGACGAUGAACAGCCCGACACGUGGACAGAACGUUUGCUCCAGAAAAUGGCACGGAAUUGAAAGUAUUACAAAAUGUCAUUUGACCCAAUGCGAGAAACACUUGGGUUUAGCCUGGGUUCUUGGGGUCUAUCUUCCUGCUAAUUUGAUCACGGUUUCUUACUCCAGUUUGUACUGCGUUUCUGUCUUAAUACUUGGAACGUUUGUUUUGAUCAUUUCUGAGAACAAUAAAGGAUUUGAAUGAC